GAAAAGUAUCCGGUCUAGAUGUUUGAUGCAUUCAAACACAAACGGUGUCCAUUGUCUUAAGAAGAAAUAGGUUUUGUUAUUAAGUCUCCAUGAGGCUUCAUAUUUCCUGGUUUACAUGAUCAAAUCGUAUUUUGGCUCAAGAAUCUUCACAUAUUUGUGAUUUGUACUGGGUCGUCCUUGUUGUGUUGUGCUCCUUUUGUGUCACUUAUUCGAUAUUAAGGGCAGGUGAGGGUCAUUAGUCAUGACAGCAUAUGCCACCAAUAUACCUGCCAUAGAUCCCAGUUUAGGACAACUCGUCGAAUUACCAAUAGAUCAAGCUGGCGCAUACGUCAUCCAAGAUGCAAGUGGUGGUCAAAUCCAGUUAGGCAGUGUUCAGGGUGGAAAGAGUUUACUGAAACCCGAAUUAGCCCAACACUUAAGCCAGCAUACUGGUUACAAGUCGAAUGUUGGUAGAGGAGGCUUCACUUUGAGUAGUAAUGAUGCUCGUUGGGUUUCACUCAAUGCAAAUCGUGGAUCACGUAGCAUCACCAGCCGUAAACCUCUAAAUGCAAGUGCUCCUGUAGCUCAAUCAGCUGGACUGCAAUCUACUGUACUGGCACCUGCGGCUUCAGGAUUACUAUCCUUGGGUACUCGUUAUACUCCGUCUUCGGCUACUGUAUUUGGUACGACAGGAGGAGGCUCGAUAUCUGGUGUUAAUCAAGGUAUAACUGGUGCAGGGGCAGCUACAAUGAUACCUUCGGGCACACCAUCCAGUAAUAUUGUUUCAGGCGGUGUUGGUGCAAUAGGCAGCAUGGGUGUGGAUCGAGACUCUGGUUAUCGUUUAGCCGCCGCAAUAGCUGGUACUAGUGGUCGAGGCCGCCCUCGAGGUCGAAGGCCUUUGAGGGGUCAGUUUCCUGUUGUUCCAAUUGAUAUGGUUCGACAAUUGGGCAUUGAACAACAAGUCAUUUUACAACCGGCGGCCCCAGUUGCCAUGCGCAACAAAGCUGUGUUAUGUCGACCAUUGUCCAUGUGUCGUAAAACUCAAGCGAAUGCAACAACAUACGAGAAUUUAUCCCAACAUGGUGUUGCUGUGCAAACAGAUAAUUCUCCAACUGAAACAGAAUCAAGUAACAAAAAUGAUAAAACAUCUCUUGGGAUUGAAAUGCAAACCCAGACUGUUGACACAAAACCAGUUGAAAGUGAUGAUGAUGAUGACGACGACGAUGAUGAUGAUAUGGUACCUGUAGGUGAAAUUGAAGAUGAUCAAAUAUUAAUGAAAUCUGACCAACCAAGUUUUAGUUGUGCUGAGACAUCAACUGCUGAUGACAUCGCUUUUGUCGAAUCUGGCACUCAAACAGAUUUAACCGAUGAAGAUGAAUUGAAAAAAAUGCCACUUGUACUACCCAUACCUAUCCCGGUUCCAAUCUAUGUACCUUUUCCAGUAUGUUUAUACGCAAGACCAGUGCCAUAUGCAAUCCCCUAUCCGUUACCAUGUCCAGUUCCGAUUCCACUUGUCUUCGAUGCUACUCCAGAAACUCCGCAUGUUGAAGACCAAGGACAACAAGUUGACUUAGGCACUGGUAGAGCACUCAUCGACUCUUCCGUUAAAUUCAAUGUACAUGAUUCAUCAGUAACGGUAGGAGAUAAUGAUAAUCAAGCCGAUACACAGGUUGGUGAUUUAGAACGUUCAACACAGUCGAUUGAUUAUCCAUGUACAUCAUCAACGUCAAAUGACGAAGAAGGCGAUAUAGAGACAAUUGAAGAGCCUAGUGAUGCUCCUGGCAAAUCUCGGAAUGUAUCUAAUCUUAAACGUCCUGCUCCAGAGGAGUCAUCAUCUUCAGACUCGUGGGGUUCAGAGUCAACUGCCACACAACAAUCCAAUGAACAUAAUCCACCAUUUCACCAUCAUCAACCGAUGACAUCGGUUGUGAGUCAUUCCAGUAGUGGAAGAGAGAUAGAUCAAUCGCUGCCACCGCCACCCCCAACUAAACGGUCUCGUCAAACUCUCACACCCAUACUUACAUCUGAUGCUAAUUACCAUUUGAAAUUCUCUUAUGGGAUCAAUGCAUGGCGUCACUGGGUGCAGCAAAAAUCAACUUCUUCAUCUACAGACAAACCUAGAUCUAAUGCAGCUGCAAUGCAACAAUAUUCACACUUAUAUGCUGACUUAUUAAACAUGAGUGAUGCCGAUCUUAAUAUCGCAUUAAGUCAGUUUGUUCGUGAAGUUCGCAAACCAAAUAAUGAAUGUUAUGUGGCUGAUUCAAUUUUCUAUUUGUGUCUAGGUAUUCAAGAGUAUCUCAACGAAAACGGUCGUACUGUAAACUUAUUUGGCGAUCCUGCGUUCACUAGUCUAUCUAGAGCUUUGAAUGAAAUAUUAGCCAAUUUCCAACCACGUAUUAGUCCUGAAGGACUUCUUAUCUGUCGUAUCGAAGAAGAACAUUUAUGGGAAGCAAAACAAUUAGGUUCACAAUCCGCUGAGAUUUUAUUAUUCACUAUGCUUUAUUACAAUACCAAACAUAUUGGUUUACGACUUGGUACCGUUCAUCGACAAUUAUCAUUCUCACAAUUUCAAAUAUCUGAAACAGCUGUUCUUUGUCAUUUACCUGGUAAUAUGUUUGGUGAAUCAGAUGAUUCUAUCACUACAUUAAGUUUAGAUGCAAAUCCUCAAAAUCCACAACGAUGUCCUGUUAAACUUUACAAAGCAUACUUUGCCCGUUGUCCCCCAGAACUACUAGAUUCCGAUAGUGUGUUCUACUUGAAUCCACUAUACCCUCCACAAUCUGAUUUGUGGUUUUCAACCAAUCCCGUUCGACCGACUGAAUUGCAAGUGAUACUUAAUAGAAUUAAAAUGGUGAAAGAGAUUCAAGAAGCAUUUAUGAACAGUCAACCAGAUGGGGGCUUCUAAGCUCAUUUAUAUAUAACCGUAUUCUAUAUGUAUUUUGAUUAAAUUGUUUCUCUCAAACCAAUCUAUCAACGAUUCCCCCUAUUCUCCCUUUUCAUAUGACUAUAAAACAGUGAACAUAUAUGCACAUUUGUCUGUCUUUUUUAAUCCUAUCGUUCUUUAUAUCAUUUUUUUGCCUCACUUUUUCACCUGUAUAAACUGAUUGUGGAAAUAAAUUUUCUAUCAUGUGUU